AUGUCUUCGUCUAGCAGCAAUUCGAGCGACGGAAUGGAGGGUGAUAUGAUCGGUGCAUUCCAGGCAGAGUAUGAGGAGGCGAUGCUCAACCUCGAGGCGGAGCCAAGACGGCCGCGACGCCGCCGAGAGUUCACUGCUGCUCAAUCCGCUUGGCGCAAAGAUGUCGAGUGUGCCUUUGGAGUGCUGAAGGCUAGGUUCAACAUUCUAGCAGUUCCGGGACGCUCCUACUCGAGGCGUACUCUUGGGUUGAUCAUGCGUGCAUGUGUCAUUCUGCACAACAUGAUCAUCGACGAUGAGCGUGAUACAAAUUUGGAGAACAUCUAUGAGACAGUUGAUUCCAAUGUCGGCCCUACGAUACACAACAAUGCACCACCAAGCCUAGCAGCCAUGAUUCAGAUGGACAACGAAAUGAGGGAUUCACCGAUGUAUACAUAG